AUGGAGAUAUCCGCAGCGCAUGCAGCAGACACCGACUACCUCGUCCGGCAGGCUAUGAACUCGGGCUACCAGUGGUCCUCGCUGCUUGUGCCCCCAGCGUACAUCACCUACGUCCUCGCGCGCAAAGGCCGCGGUGCGCUCUCCUUCAACCGGUUCCUCCGCGCGACGUGGAUUGGCGGACUCGGUGGUGCUGCGGUGUUUGGAGGCGCUUCGUAUGUCCGAAACGCGUAUUCGAGUGAGGAGCCUGUGCGGGCGCGGAGGAUAGAGACAGCGUAUGACGUGGACAGAGUGCGUCGUAUCGACCAUUCAACGAUAGGAUCCGUAUUAGCCGCCGUCCUUACACCAGCCAUCUUCUGGAACCGUGCUAACAUCGUCAAUCUUAUUCUCGGCGGUGCGGGGUUGGGCAGCACAGCUGGCCUUCUGACACAUUAUGGACGAACAAUCUCGGGUGACCCCCCCGCCAAGAUCAAAGCUCCACCAGUGCCUACGCCAUGA